AUGUCAGACCUGGAAGAUGAACGAGACCUCGACUUGGAAGAGGAUGACGAUGCUCAGGACGGUGAUCGUGAUGAUGAAGCAAGCCAGCCCCCGCCCGAGGAGGACGCCGAUGAAGCUCCACAGCGACGUGGGCGAAAAGGCCAGGGCAGGGGCAGGGGCAAAAGGUUGAACCUUGUCAAUGACUUCGGCAAGUCCCGUGGCUUCGCAAAGGACGGCAAGAAGUACUGUGCUCCUUGUGGGAAAUGGCUUCCCCUCUCUUCUUUCCCUGCUGGCUCAGCACAGUGUGGCGAGGAUCGCAAGGCCAUCCAAAACUUGGCCAGUCUGUCCAAGAAGCAAGGGCAGGAGGAUUGGUGGCAGGAAACAGUCGCAGAUGUCAAGAAGCUCAAGGCUGUCGUCAAGGCCUACAAGGCCUUGAAGCCACCUCCCGGCAAGAAGCUGAAGGAGUUCGUGAUCCUUCAAUACAUCGAAGAACGCAGGCGGGAGUCGGCUGUGUUGUAUGAUGGGGUCCUCGAGAUGAUGACCUUGCGAGGCUAUAUGGCCUGGAUGGCUAAGCCCAAGAAUGGUGGCCUAGAUGCAGAGACUGCAACGACUCAGUGGAGAGAGAAGUUCAAUGCCCCCGGUGCAAUCACAGAUAAGAAAGGGGACCAUCCUCGCUUUCGGGAUCGUGUUGCCAUUUCAACCAAAGACUUGGUUGUUUUCCGUGACGCCGACAUCAAGGCCCAGUCUUACCUCCUGAAGGACAAGGAGUCGAAGAACGUGGACCAGGCGGAAAUCGACAAGGCGGAGCUUCGCUUGAACAGGGAGAGGCAGCUGAAGGUGAGCAGCGACAGGUCGCGCACAGAUCAGGCCGGUACCAUGAUUACAGCUGCGGAGGCAGCAGGAACAGAAGGUGCUUUCAGUGCCGAUGGGAAGAUAGCUGUACAAGUUGGGGACGUGAGGAACCUGAUUGAGGAUGAUGCCGACAAUGACCAGAUGGAGGAUGAAGGCCAUGAUGGUGACUCGAAUUCCACCCCCAGCAAAACCAGGAAGCGGGAUGAGGAGUCAAACCCAGCUUCUGGCUCCAAGCCGGGCAAGAAGCCGAAAAGGGAGGCUUGGUUUGACAGAGACGGUGCAGUGACCUCUGCUCUCAGAUCCCAUUCCCAGUGGCUUUCUACCACCAAGGCUACCAUCAGCAGCACCAUCAAAGACCUGACAGGUACCCUUUCGAACGUUACCCUUGACGUGAAAGAGGAAGUCAGGAACGAAACCAGGCUCGCGAAGAGCCGCUUGAGUGCAUUGAAGCUUGUAAUCUCAGAGAAGGCUUCAGGCGAGUCGGGGGCACCUGAUGCACCGGCGACGCCUGAUGUUGCAGAUGCAUCCACAAAGACAGCGAGUGACCAGCCGGCAGCAGCAAAGCCAGACCCUGCAGGCCCAGACCAAGGCAAGCCUACCGAGGCAGAGGCAGGGGUUGCAAAGGCGGCCGAAGCAGCACAGCAGGCACAGGCGGCCGAGGCAGGACAGCAGGCACAAAAAGGGGCGGAGGACAGCGCGAGCACAGUGCAGAAGUUUGCCGUCGACAAUGAUGCCAAGAAGGCCCUGCGAAAAUACAUCGCCCAGUUCAGUGACCCGAAUUCGCAAAAGGUGCUUGGGAGUGCUCCUCCUUGUCGCUCCUACCAGUCACUCAUCCUCUUUUCGGAGUUCGAGGCCUACCUCGGCAAGUUCGAGCAGAUUGAGAAGAAGGAUGACAUCGUGCAGCUGCAGCAGGAGAUGAAGGCCUUUAAGACGGCAUACUCCGAUUUGAUUUCCAUGGCGAAGGCGGCCAACAAGCGCCUCGAGGCUGCGAUUGACGGGGUGGGGAAGAGGAAGGCUGCAGCGGCGACAGAAGCGAGCACGAGUGGGAAGGGCAAAGGCAAGCGAGCUCGUGCUGCCAAGAAGGCAGAGCAGCCUGCUGCUGCCACAGCCUUUGUUGACCAGCCCAAUGGCGUUGCCGCAGACAUUGCCAGUGUCGUUGUCAAGGAGGAUGGUAGCUUGGCCUCUGGGCUUGAUGUCUCCGUUCCGGCCAUCUUGCGACUUGAGGCUGCGCACUUCAAGCGCGAGGACAUUGCCUCGAUCAAGGCUUCCACUUUGCCGCACCUCGAGGCGAAGUUCAAGAAUGAUCCGGCUCGGCUGGCGUCGGGGCGCUCCCAGCGCAGCUUGCCACAGGAACAGGAGAAGUCGAUCUCUGACCUCAUCUUCAAAUGCUUCCCCGAGGGCCAUAUCUUGGCACGUGAGAAGUUGACUGACAAGAUCAAUAAGGAGGUCCUCGUCCCAGCAGCUUUUGUCGUGGCAAAGGAUCAGGUGACAGCCAGUGCAGAGGCAGGUCACUUGCCGACAUGCCGUGUUGGCAUGAGUGGCACUCGUAGUGUUGUGGCUGUCCGCUCCCUUGCUUUGCUGGACUACCUGACAAAAAGUGGAACCGGUGGCAACAAGGCGACCUUGUCUGCUGCCUACCAAUGGCUGAAGUCUACCAGCGUGCAGGCCGCCAAGUCCUUCAUCGAGUCCACGGAAGAGAAGGUGGGCGCCCAGGAUGUGCUGUACUUGCCGGAGGGCUGGAUGUUCUACGAGAAGAUCAUGGGCAAGUCGAACUUUUUGGGUGUCCGCUUGCAGUUCCUGAGCUUGAAAUCCUUGCAACAUUUGGAGAAAAUCAAUAGUUACCUGCUAGCAUUGGGAAAGCCUAAUGCUGCUUUGCAGUCGGCCGUUGACUGCUUGUCGCUUGCAGAGUGA